ACACACACAUAGACACACACAUAGACACACAUAGACACACAUAGACAAAGACAUAGACACACACAUAGACACACGACGAGUCUCGUGCAAGGACGGCUGUCUGGGAAUGUGGAGUUGAUCCGCCCGAGGAGUCACUGAGACAUGAGUUGGAUUCCGGGUGCGGCGCGAGGGGGCACAGCGAGGCGCGGUCAAAGAUCCCGGGCCUCGCUGUGGCUCCCUCUCCUCCUCCUCCUCCUGCUGCUGCUGCUCACCCUGUGGGCCCUGGGGGUUGGUGGAUCACGCGCCGCUCAGGAAGAGGAGUCGCCACUCGACUAUCGUCCACCCCCCGCGCUCACCCCAACGCUGACCCCCAGCCUACCCCCGUGCCGGCCGGGACGCGACCCCCUGCGCGCUCCAGACCCCCGCUGGCAAGGGGAUCCCCCUUCGCUUCGCCAGGAGUCCCCUUUGUUGUCCGGACCUCGCCGGGUCCGACUCCCUCGGCGCGCGGCGUUCGCAAUGGGGGUUGACGGCGCAUGGAGAGAUGGGACGGGCCACCAAGAAUUCGCGGGUCUAGACGACCUCCCGGGGACCCAGAAGGGAUUUCAAUUCGAUCUCAGCGACCCCAACUCCUGUAACCCCGGCGACCCCAACUGUGAACUCAAAGACCCCGCUGACCCUUGCGACCCCAGUGACCCCAACUGUCCAUUUGAUCUCAAUGAACUCAGUGACCAGGCUGACCCAUGUGACCCCAGUGACCCACGCUGUCCAUUUGACCCCAAUGAACUCAGUGACCCCGUUGAACCAUGCGACCCCAAUGAUUCCAACUGUCCAUUGGACCCAAAUGAACUCAGUGACCCCUGCGACCCCAACUGUCCAUUUGACCCCAAUGAACCCAGUGACCCCUGCGACACAAGUGACCCCAAUUGCCCAUUUGACCCCAAUGAACUCAGUGACCCUGCUGACCAGUGCGACCCCAAUGACCCCAAGUGCCCGUGUGAACCCAAUUCCUUGUGUGACCCCAAUGAACUCAAUGACUCCAAUGAAGCCAAGGAUUCGGCCGAUUCGCCCGACUCCCGUGACCCCGCCGAUCCCUGUGACGUCAGCGAACCACUCGGUGACCCCAUGGAACCCAGAGACCUCUGUGAUCCCAAUGACCCCGGCGAGCCAGAAGAACCCACGGAGCCUCCCGAACGGCGCCCCCUCGUCCUGUCGCCGAAGCGGGGCCCCCCUGGGGCGUCGGGGUCCCGCGGACCCCCAGGAUCACGGGGUACCGAGGGAGAGAUGGGCGAGAAAGGGGACAAGCGCCCAGCGAGCCGUGGCGGCUCUGGUGGUGUCGAGGUGGCCGAGGGAGCUCAUUGGGGCUCGCAGGGUUGA